AUGGGGGGUUUUCAGCCGCCGCCAGUAUGUUAUGAAGUAUCCGAGCCUAGUCCUGCUCAAUUCUGGCAAACUGAAAACGUUCUGAAUUCCAAGCUCCCCAUGCUCGCUAUUCAAAUUGCUUACACCGUAUUGGUGUCUCGUAUUUUCUUCUUUCUCUUAAAACCCCUCCAUCAACCUCGUCUUAUUUCACAUAUCUCCGUUGGCUUUCUACUGAGUCAACAUUUACUUGGAAGAUUCCCAUCUGUUUUCAAUCUCCUUUAUCCGGUACAUGGAAUCCUUAAUGUCGAAGUGUUGUGUAACAUUGGUGUCAUCUACUAUUCAUUCCUCAGUGGUUUGGACAUGAACUUAGAUACCAUUCUAUACGUAAAAAAGAAGGCUGCAAGCAUCGCCGUUGCUGGGAUCAUCUUUCCCACAGUGAUGGCACCGGUCUUCUAUGCUCUCCAUCGAAAAUUUUAUGUCGGCACUGGUAUAUAUAGCCUUGAAGAUAGUACAUAUAAUGCUUAUUUACUUUGGACUUUAGUUCUCACGGUUACAGGUUUUCCAGUACUUGCUCACACCCUUUCUGAGCUCAAGCUCCUUUAUACUGGUCUUGGCAAAGCUGCUUUAACAGCUGCCAUGAUUGGUGACACUUAUAGUUGGAUUCUUUUCACAUUGUUGGUUCCAUUUUCAAUUAUUGGUCAAAGAGCCAUCUACUCAGUGCUCAGCACCAUGUUAUUCAUUGUUUUCUGCAUCAUUGUGUUACGUCCUACGGUUGUAAGGUUUAUUGAUCGCAAGACAGAUAAGGAUGAAUGGGAUUAUGAUCAAUUACUCUUUGUGGUGAUGGGGGUUUUCGCUUGUUCAUAUAUUACUGAUAUUCUUGGCACACAUGGCAUUGUUGGGGCCUUUGUGUUUGGAUUAAUUUUACCUCAUGGCAGAUUUGCCGACUUGGUGAUGUCAAUUUCAGAUGAUUUUGCAGGCGGUUUUCUGGCACCGCUCUUCUUUGGUGGCAGUGGAAUGAGACUUGGGGGGUUGCCUAUGAUUUUUUACCAGGCGAAUUGGCCAUUGACACUUCUGGUAGUGCUCUUUUUAUGUGUCCCAAAGAUUCUAAGCACUUUAUUUGCAACUUCUUUCUUUGGUAUGCGCACUCGAGAUGGUUUAGCACUUGGAUUGCUUCAGAAUACAAAGGGCGCCAUGGCGCUCAUAAUGCUAAACAUUGCUUGGGAUAGAUCGAUAAUUUCUCCACCAACCUAUUGUGUUAUUGCAUCUGGUGUUCUUCUUAUGACUGUAGUGGUGUCUCCCAUCAUUGAUAUCAUCUACAAGCCAAGAAAGAGAUUUGAGCAAAUCAAGCUAAGGACUAUACAAAAGCUAAGAAUUGAUGCAGAGCUUCGAGUUUUGGCAUGUGUCCACAAUACUCGCCACGCCACCGGCAUGAUCAGAAUCGUUGAAUCUUUUAAUGCUACAAGACUUUCCCCAAUAUAUGUCUGUGCCUUGCAACUUGUUGAACUUACCGAGCGUGGUGCUGCCCUUUUUCCUGCUUACAUGCAAAAGUCUAGUGGCCAAUCCGGAGCACAAAAUCUGUCCAGAACACAGGCAGAGUUAGAAAGCAUCACCAAUACCUUUGCAGCAUUUGGACAGUCAUAUGAUGCUGUGAGAGUUGAGACCUCAAAUGUUGUGUCAGACUAUGCAACGAUUCAUGAGGACAUAUACAACUCAUCAAAAGAGAAAGGGACAAGCUUAAUUCUUCUUCCAUUCCACAAACAUUUAAGUUCAGUAGGUAUGCUUGAAACAACAAGUAUUGUAUACAAAGAUAUAAACCAAAAAGUAAUGCAAGGUGCACCUUGUUCUGUGGGAAUCUUUGUUGAUCGUGAUCUUGGGUCAGUGUCAAAAAAGAAGUUGCAUAUACUUAUGAUCUUUGUUGGAGGGCCUGACGAUCGUGAAGCCUUAGCUAUUGCAUGGAGGAUGACAGGGCAUCCAGGAAUCAAACUAUCAGUUGUUCGGAUUCUUUUGUUUGAUGAUGCUGCAGAAAUAGACACUUCAUUUCGCGAAGAAGCGAAAGAGAUAUUACUUGCUGUAAUGGAUAGGGAUAAACAAAAAGAGUUAGAUGAUGAGUACAUAAGUGGAUUUAGACUUAGAGCAGUGCCCAAUGAGGAUUCUAUAUCCUACUCAGAGAUUGAUGUUCAUAGUGGUGAAGAUAUUCCUGUCGUCCUCCGAGAGCUAGAAAAAAUUGGCUGCGAUUUAUACAUAGUUGGACAAGGGAAUUGUAGGAACUCUCAUGUCUUCUCAAAUUUAUUGGAAUGGUCUGAUUGCUCAGAACUUGGAGUUAUAGGAGAUAUUUUGGCGUCAAACUAUUUUGGUUCGCGGUCAUCAUUGUUAGUUGUGCAACAAUAUGGGUACGGAGGAAUGGAUUUUGGAAAGCGUCACAAUCACAUGGCCACUGAUAAUGAUGGCUUUGGGACGCCUAUCGUUUAG